UGAGCUUGUACCAACGUUUUCAGCUAGUUUUGGAUGCAAACGCAAUGUUCUAUUAAAACUAGUAGUUUAGUAAAAGAACAAAGUAUGUCUGCUUCAGAGCACGUCUCCCGUGUGAGAACAUUGUAUAAAGCAAUUCUAAGGUUACAUAGAAGCCUUCCAUUAGAGAUGAGAGCUAUGGGAGACCAGUAUGUUAAAGAUGAAUUUAGGCGACACAAACAAGUCAAUCAAGCGGAGGCUUAUGUGUUCAUGCAGGAAUGGACUAAAUACUACCUGUCUCUAGGAAAACAAUUAUCAGCUCGUAGAAAAGAACAAAUUGUGGGCUCACAUCUCAGUGAAGAUUUUGUGGACCAUUUCAGUGACGACCAGGCGAAUCAAUUACUGGAACUUCAUAAAGCAAUAAAAAAUCCUCAGGAAGGAGAGGGCAGCUCACCAAGCUAAUCAUCUGUGAUUGAAUAGUGUGAUGUGUUCAGAAUAAUGUACUCCAGUAUUAUUUUUUUCAUAUAUUCACUUGAGUGAGAGAAAUUAAAUUUUGUAUUUGAAUAUGAGAUGAAAAGUAAAACAUGAUGGUUUCAUUUACUGGCAGAAUGUUUUGUAGCAAAGGAUACCUUUCAUGUGUUAACAGUUAUAUUAAAAAGUACAGCUGUGUGAUCAGUGCUGGGUACUAGCAUAUAGCAGAGGAGGGGGGAGGGUAAAUACAUGAUCUAUAAUAUUAUACGAUUAUUAACUGGGUCAAAGGACAACAAAUAUGUUUGACCCAGUAGUUGAUACUACAAAGAUAUGAGGCUUAAAAGGAGGUUGUGAGAGUAAUUCAGCAAUAUUAUUUUUUUCCUUAAUUUUUUUUUAUCAUGCAUUGUACUUGUUCACAGGAUAAAACAUUCUCCCCAUUACUUGCAAAGGCAAGGCUAGAUCUCAAGAUACAUGUAUGUUACACUAUAGAAUGUAUAACACAUUACUUGUAUAAUGUUAACUUAUUUAUUUAUUUGCUCUGGGUAUAAAAAAAAAUUAUGAAAAAGAUGGUCUAGAAAUAUUUUGUUCUGAUGCAAGAUUUUCAU